AUGUCGCAGCAUACCCCGUUUGGGUCGCCCUCUCCAGGCUCCUCACGACGAACCUCAAGACAUAUUACCACUGAAGGACUGAAUAUAUCCAGCGACAGGGCCAGCCAAAGCAGAUCCAGUAUGGAAGAUAGUGGCAGAAGAGGGUCGACAGCUCCUAUACCAGAUACUGGAGACCCAGCUAACCUGCCCAUGUCCACCUCCAUGGUGCUACCGGUGCUUCCCAAGUCAAGUCACCGGGCUUUGGAAGAAAUAGAAGCGCUGGAUAACAGAAAAGUUACUGUUCGAUUCCUGCCUAUGCCAUCUGCUCCUCUUCUUCAGAGCAAGGUGUUCAAAGUCAGCGCUUCUCAGAAGUUCGAGACCAUCGUUCGCUUCUUGAGGAAGAAGCUAGGCUGCAAGGAUACGGACUCCGUAUUUUGCUACGUGAACAGUGUCUUUGCCCCAGGGUUGGAUGAGGGAAUUGGUGGCUUGUGGAGGGUAUGUCUAGCUGCUCUCACAAUUUAA